AUGUUCUCACAGAUACCGUAUGAUUUUAGCUUAUGGAGAAAAUCGGGCAAUGAUGGAAACGUGCGAUUUUCCAAGGCCAACAAUGCAACAAAUUCGAAACAGGAAGAUAAACUAAAGAAGUUUUUCUCGAAGAUAGGUCAAUGUAUGGGUCAUGACGUUGACAAAAUCAGCGUCUUAUUAGAUAUCAAUAUUGAUAACAUUAAACAGAGCCACCCACAUAAUGCUGAACGGUGGGGAUAUGAGGUGCUGGUGCGUUGGAGUAAAAAGCAACCAGAAUAUGGAAAAGACAGCCAGGCAAUGAUGAAUCGUCUUGAGGUUAAACUCAAGGAAGCUGAAAGAAAUGAUCUCGCUAACAAAGUUGUCAGAUUCGUCCGUGGACUAAAUGACAGUUCCCCCGAAGCAAAUGCUUCAACCAGUGACACUGAUGCAGCGCAGCGAGAACCUCCUGAAAAUACGAACGGUGGGCCACCUGGUACACCAAUAGACAAUCACACAGAAUCCGCUGGCUUCGGAGUGGUCAACUUGAGUUAUUUACAAGCUGCAAGGAGCCUAUCGUCGGAGGGCAGUGAUACUGAUGAAGUGCAGCAAGAACCUCCACAAGAUACGAACAUUGACUCACCUAGUUAAUCAAUAGACAAUCCUAUAGCAUCAUCUGGUUUGGCAGAGGUCAACUUGAGUUUAUCAGGAUCUGAAGGAAUGUCAACAGACUGAAGAGUCAUCUC